AUGAUAUUCUUCAUUGAUUCUAUAAGCGGGUAUUUUUCGACGCAGUAUCACAAUGACUAUAACAUUAAUAUAAAAGUUGGGGAAAAUACUGAAACUCAAGAAUUUCGUGCACAUACUUUAAUCUUAAAAGCACGUUCACCUUAUUUCAAAAGGGCAAUCUCCGAUUCAUGGGCUACCAUUAAAGAUGGAAUGAUCUUAUUUAAUAAGCCGAAUAUUUCUCCAACAGUCUUUACAUUGAUUCUUAAGUAUAUUUAUUCAGGAAUUCUUGAUUUAAAAGAAGUCUCUAAGCUUGAUGUUCUCGACCUUUUAGUUGCAUCAGACGAAUUACUUUUAGGAGAAUUAAUUAUUUAUAUUCAAGAUUAUUUUAUCAAUCAAGGGCAUUCCUGGCUUAAAACCACCAUAUGUAACGAUCCUGAACCUUUCUUUACGUCUGAGAGUUUUCCAUCUCUUAAUAAGGAUAUUUUUUUGGAAUUAAUUAAACGCAAUGACCUUGAAAUUGACGAAGUAGAUAUCUGGGAACAUCUUAUUACAUGGGGACUUCACCAGACACAAGAAAUAGAAAAAAUGAAACUUUCAGAUGUAAUGAAAUUUUCUGAAAAGAAUUUUACAGAUUUAAAAAAAACGUUAGAUCCUUUUAUUCCAUAUAUUAGAUUCCAUGAAAUUUCUUCGAAAGAUUUCUUCAAUAAGGUUCGCCCUUUUCAAAAAAUUUUAUUGGAACCACUUUUUGAAGAUGUUAUAUCUUUCUUAAUGGUCGGGACAGAACCGGAACAAAAGAAACUGCCAGCACGUUCUGGAUUUUUUAUAGCCGAAUCCAAAAUUAUUACAAGAAAGCAUGCUAACGUUAUUUUGAAUUGGAUUGAAAGAAAUAAUGCACAGGGAGCUACGCCUAAAACAAAUGGACAUAAAUUUACCUUACUUUAUCGCGGAACUCGUGACGGAUUUAGCGCUACUUCAUUUCGUCAAAAAGUCAAUAACCAAGGACCAGUGAUUGCAGUCGUUAAAAUAAAGGGUUCACAAGCUAUAAUUGGCGGAUUCAACGCAACUGGAUGGAACCUUAAUGGUUCAUACAGUUCUUUGAAUAACAGUAACCGUCAUUUUAUAUUUUCGUUUAAAAGUAUUAAUGAUAAAACCGGAACAAUUGGUCGACCUGGUGAUAAUAAUGCUAUAAGUAAUGACAGCAAUUAUAUAUUAAACUUUGGAAGUGGCGAUCUACUGCUUAGUAAUAGUAAAGCUGGAAUGUGUAACCAAAUUUCUUAUGAUAAACUAAUUUUAGACACUCACUGCUUUAUCGCUGAAGAGUUGGAGGCUUUCAAAAUAACGAAUUUUAAAAAACUUUAUUUUUUCUAG